AUGGCUCUGCUUAUUUUAAUAUUGUUUGCUUUUAUUGCAAAUUGUUGGGCAACGCAAGCAGAAUCGGAUUACAGUUACAGCUCAAAAUCCCAUUACAAUUACAGUUCAAAUUCUGUUUACAGUUACAGUUCCAAGCAUAACACAUACACCAGUAUGUCUUACAACAACAGUCAUCUGAUUUCAAAAACAUAUACAGAAACCACCCCAACUCCGAUUACAGUAUCAGUGACUUCUACAUUUCACCCUCAAGAACCUACCUCAAAAGUAACCCCACUUUACCCAAUGACUAAUAAGACUACAACCCAAACAGAAUCGACUUCUACAUUUGUUACUAUUAUUCCUCCAAACAAUAAAACCAAUCAUUCAACAACUAGUUUCGUCGGAAAGGGUAAUGGUUUAGAAAUUCCAUUGGCAUUGGUAGUAGUCUGCGGCGUAUUAUCAGCCGAAAUUGCUAGGUUUACCCUAUUGACAGAUUCACCCACAUUUGUCCUACCAAUUACUUUAAGAGAUGGUGAAAUGCACGCAGAGGACAGUACCACUUCACCCCAAGUAUUCUCCCUCAUGGACGAAGGUUCGCUCUGGGCAGUAGAUCCUGACAGAUUAAUGGUUGAAUCGGCCACGAUGAGGGUAAUAGAACCAACUGAUACCAGAGCAUUUGUUAACAUUGAAGUAUUUGGGAUCGAUGCUGAUGGCUAUUUGACUCAUAAAGGAAACACCAGAUUUUACAGAGGUACAAGUUUUCAUCUUGGUUUGGAUAACACAAUAUUGACUACGGAAUAUAGUACGACAGUCGCUUGUAAAUUGAAAGUGAUUAAUUUGGAGGUCCCAAGUAGCAGCUCAUCUUCGCAAGCGGAGAGCUCAUCUUCAGAAAGGUCAUCAGAGAUAGAAUGUUCAUCUUCCCAAGUGGAAAGCUUAUCUUCCGAAAGCUCAUCGCAAAUUGAGAGCUCAUCUUCUGAAGUUGAAUCCUCACUGUCAUCAUCAGAAGCUAUUAAUUCAGACUUGUCAGUUAUACAUUCCUCAUCAAGCAAAUCAAGCGAAAAUUCAUUCCUGAGCCUGUCCUCUCACGCAACUUCAUCAGAGCUGAUCAUAAUUUCCUUAAGUUCAAUAUCAUUCACUUCAUUCAUUUCCGAAAAUUCGGUUUCACAAUCUCAUUCAGGCAGUGGGAGCACGCCAUCGGUUUUCUCGUCUGUACACCAUACACGUAGUCCUAUGUAUCCAAUUGGUAACUCUUCCCAAAUCAGCCACUCCCUAGUAGUGACUGUCUCUCCUAAUACUAAGUUUAAUCAAUCUACAAUUGAUACAAUUAGUUUUUCAGGAUUGGGAAGUCGUUCGACGGCGUUGUUUGUGAUUUUCGGAAUCCUUUUAGUUUAG